AAACGGUGUCGUUCCGCUCUGUAGUUAGAGUCUCUCUCAUCUUGAAUAUGCUCCUUUGACCUCUCUCUCUUCUCUCUACAUACAGAAGAAGCCGUUUCUCUCUCCUCUCCCCCUCACCUCCUGAAACUGAAGGGGAAAUGCGGUUCGUUGAGAUGGUACUGAUUGAUAAAAGAGAUAGAGAAACCUAACUCUUCUACAUAGACAAGAAACGCCGCAGAGAUCCCUCCCUCUCCCUGCUUAGUUGAGUUGGAAAGUUUUGAGCUUUUAGCAACUCAGGGGUUGUUGUGGGUAAUGGAGGGUAAUGAUGACCAAAACUUGAAGGCCAUAAAGGCGUCGGUAGGAAGAUUAGUGUGGGUUCGCCUCCGUAACGCCUCGUGGUGGCCCGCACAAACUCUGCUUCUUGAGCAACUUCCUCAAACCUCCUCCUCUCCACAACUAGGCACUCCUAUUAAGCUUCUUGGUCGUGACGACGUUAACGUGGAGUGGUAUGUCCUUGAAAAGUCCAAGAGCGUCAAGGCCUUUCGCUGUGGAGAUUAUGAUUCUCACAUUGACAAGGCAAUGGCUGUUGCUGCUGCCAAGGCUGCUAGUAAUAAGAAGAAGACUGCCAAGCUUACUCGCCGUGAAAAUGCUAUCAACAUCGCUCUCCAGAUUGAGAAUGCACAUCUCUGUAGCUCAUCCCCAGGGGCUGAAGAAGAUGGAUUGGAUUCAGCUAUGUCUUUCCAAGAAACCUUGCUCAAGGUGCAGCCUAAGAGAAGAAGAACACCGAAUGACUCAGAAGAUGAAGGGAUCAAGCGAAUGAGAGGGCUUGAGGAUAUUGGCAAAGAACAUGUCGGUGCUAUUGUCGUGUACAGGCAAGAAGUGGGUUCAAACUGUGGUGAUUCAGUCUCCAAUGGAGGAGACAAGGCGUGCUCCCCGUUGUCACUGAAAAGAAAAAGGUCACAAGUAGUCAUCAAUGCUAACGACUGCUCCAAAAGAAAAAACCGACGCAGGCAACUGACUAAGGUGUUAGAGAGUACGGCUAUGGUCUGUGUCCCUGUCACCUCUGGAAUGGAGCCUGUGGAAUCCAUGAAAAGUGUCUCUGCUGUUAUCAACAAUAGUUCAGACAGCACCGGGGUUUCAUGCGAGAAUGUUGUUGGAGCCAAGGCUAAAGACAGUGACAUUUCCAGCUUAUCAGUUUCUGCGGAGGAUGAUCCUUCUUACCAACUAUAUGAUGUUCCACUAACCGGAAAGGCAGUUAAUGGAUCUGCUUGUAGUACAAAUCCACCAGAUACACAGCUUGUCAUCUAUGAUUUGAACAGGAUUGAGAAGAGCACUUCUGAGUGGCAACUUAAAGGGAAGAGGAACUCAAGGCAGAUGAGCAAGAAACAAGAAGCGAGAAGAUUUGUGUACGGGGAAGAAGCUAAUAACAACAGUUCUUUGCCUCUUCCUGCGCUGUUCGAAGUGAAGAUUGAGGUGAAAGCCAGCUCUAACAAACCCCGUGUUCCCCUGGUUUCUCGUAUGAGUGAGUUGAAUGGGAAAGCUAUUGUCGGGCAUCCUGUAAGUGUUGAGGCCUUGAAAGAAGAAGGGUACUGCAACGGUAAGUUGAUGUCUCAAGAUGUUGUGAAGGCGAAGCCAUUAUUGUCCGAAAAGAAGAGCAAGAAGAGGAAAUCACAGGCUGCUUUUGGAAAGUCAAAGAAGAAAUCGUCUUCUUCGGUAUCGAUAAAGAUAAGGCGGCUCUCUACUCUAACGAGCCAGAAGCUGACGGGAAGAAGCAAGAUGCAGACAACAGGAAAGGCAAAGGAAACGGUUGUAGCUUGUAUACCGCUGAAAGUGGUCUUCAGUAGGAUAAACCAAGUGUUGAAAGGCUCAGCGAGACAAACGCAACACCGACCAUUGCCACCUUCAGUCAAAGCAUGAGAUAAAUUUUUUGGAGAAGUCAUCACUGAUGGGUUUUGAGUACAAAGACUGAGACCUUUUUUGAGUCAUGCAGAGACAUAGAAACAAAAGAGAAGUUGCAAGUGAGCAAAUGUAUAUAUAGCAGCAGUUAGUCGUUGAGGUGUAAAACUGAAGGGUUUAGAUUAGAGAGAUGAGAAAGUUGCUUGUUUCAGGGUUUACUCAUUGUUUGUGUUUGAAUUCUCAACUUCUUGUUUUUGUGUUUGUCAUUUGAGUCUCAGUUCCUUCAUACAUUUUGGUUUGACUCUUUAAGAGAGAACAAAAAGAUUAAAGCUUUUAUUAUUAGAAGA